CACGUAACGAGCCCGCCAGAAUUGUAGAGCCUACACCUCCUUCGCCUUUCGUAUUCAUAGUCGCGAGCCUUCUUUAAUGCUCUGCCUGGUCCGUUGUACCUCCUCCAUUACUCCAUCCAAGCUCAAAAACCCACGAAUUCAAAGACAGCAAGGCCAUUGACAGAGAAAGAGAUUACAGGGAGAGAAAUAUGAGCUGUGUUGAGGCGAGGGCUGUGUUGAAGAGGAAAGGAAGAGAAACAAUGGAGGAAACCCACCUGCAGGCUUUGUCUUUCUCUCCCACCAAGGAACCUGGAACGAGGAAGAAGACAACUCACGGUCAGGAGGAGAUCAGAAACGUCGUCGUUAACCCUAAACGCUGCUCUCUUCUGUCGUUUUGGGAGCUGCCGGAGUACAUGAAAGACAACGAGUAUAUUCUCCAUUAUUACAGAGCCAAUUGGCCUCUCAAACAAGCUCUUCUCAGCGUCUUCCGUUGGCACAACGAAACUCUCAAUGUCUGGACGCACUUGAUUGGUUUUUUUCUGUUUUUGGGAUUGACUCUAGCGAACUUGAUGCAGCCUCAAGUGUCGGAUCUUUUAGGCCUAUUUACCAGGUCACUUGCUUCAAGCGCGGACAAGAAUGUUUCCCAUAACUUCAAAGACCUGUUCCUGGGAACACCAUUACCGAUGGAUUUAAACCAUCAAGCACCUUUGAAAAUGGAAGUUCAAUCCUCAGAUUUGGGACCUGCUAGAUGGCCAUUCUUUGUUUUCUUAGGUGGCUCUAUGUUCUGCCUUCUCUCAAGCAGCAUAUGCCACCUCUUUUCCUGUCACUCCCAUACCUUAAACCUGUUCCUUUUAAGAAUAGACUAUGUCGGUAUCACUGUAAUGAUCAUCACCUCCUUUUUCCCUCAAAUCUACUAUGUCUUCCUGUGUGAUCCUCUCUGGCAAUUCAUCUACCUUGGAGGGAUCACAGCCAUGGGAUUUUUCACCAUUGUUACAAUGCUUUCACCGGCUCUAACGACCAGCAAAUACCGAGCUUUCCGAGCCAUGUUGUUCUGUUCCAUGGGACUUUUUGGCAUCAUCCCUGCAAUUCAUGCUUGUAUUGUGAACUGGGGCAGUCCUACGAGGAAUGUCACACUUGCAUAUGAAUGUACCAUGGCCUUGUCGUACCUAACGGGGACUAUGUUCUAUGUUAGCAGAAUACCAGAAAGAUGGAAGCCUGGGUGGUUUGAUCUUGCUGGCCAUAGUCAUCAGAUAUUUCACGUUUUUGUUGUGUUUGGUGCUUUGGCACAUUAUGCAGCUACUCUUAAAUUGUUGGAUUGGCGUGUCACUUUUGGGUGUGGGAAGAUUCAAUGAUUUGUGUGAUAUUUUUGGGUACAUAUGAAGAAUAUGUAUCAAGUUGGAUGGUUUUUCUUGAGACAGUGAAAAAUCUUUCUGGGAAAUCUUUGUGAAAGUAAAGGCGAUUCUGUUGAGUUAACAUACUAUUAUUAUUCAUUUAAUUUGUAGAAUUUUCUGUAACUGUGAGAUAGUGUUAUACAAGUGCGAAGAUAUUAUGAUCUAAAUAGAAGUUGUUUAUCAAAA